AUGGUGCCGGAUAAUGAUGGUGGUGAUGAUGGUGAUGAUGUUUAUUCUCGUUUAGGUCCAGUAGGGUUGGAUUGGGAAACACUUAAUAAAACACUGAAUACAGAAUUUGACUGGGGACGCGCUGUACGAAAAGCUUUGGGAACCGAUGACACGUUAAAAGAGGCCAUUAAUCAAGGUCGAGUCUACGUUCUUCGUUACGAGUUGUGUGACGACCUACCCAGAGAAAAGGACCUUACUGACAGAGAUCCCAAUAGGACAAUGUGGGACACACUCUCUCCCAUUGCUCUGUUUGCUUCUGCGGAAAAUUUCCUAACAAAAACCAAUAAUCUUGUCCCUGUGGCCAUUCAAAUGGAUUACACUCCAGAUUCAGCUGUGUAUACUCCUGAAGAUGAUGACAACUGGAUGUUGGCCAAAUUGAAUGUCCAGGUUACAGAUCUCGGAUAUGCACAAAUUGUGGAGCAUCUUGCUAAGGUUCAUUUUUUAAUGGAGCCAUUUUGCGUGAUAUUGAAACGCACCCUGUCUUCUGCUCAUCCACUUCAUCAAAUGCUCAAGUACCAUUGCAGAGACGUGACAGUCCCAAAUACCAUUGGCGCUCCAAAACUUGUUAACGAAGGACAGUUUAUGGAUCAGCUAUUUGCAUUUGGAAAUAAUGGAACCGCCCGACUUCUCACAGACGCACAUCCAUUAACCACGUGGAAUGUCACAGAUUUUAGAAAAGAAAUAAGGAAACGCGGAGUCUAUGAUAAGGAACUUCUUCCGUAUUAUCCUUACAGAGAUGAUGGGGAGCAAAUCUUGAAAAUUAUAGAAAAUAUGGUGAAGGAAUACCACAAGAGUUUCUUAAAAGGAUCAUUUCCCAACGAAUGUUUAUACCGAGUAUGUGUCAGUAAACGUUUUGCAUUGUAUUGUUUCCUCAGGUAUUAUUACGACAAUGAAGAUGUUCAAAACGACCAUGAGUUUCAGAGAUACCUCCAUGAAUUGUCCAGUGAUUCACUACCGAUUUUCCACGGUCGCUAUGGGAAAAUUCAAGGAUUACCCUCAAAGAUUGAUACUAAAGACAAACUCUGCGAUAUUGUGACCCGCAUUAUCUCACAACUGAGCGUCCAACACGCUGCUGUAAACUAUCCCCUGUCAGACUAUGCUGAGUACACUCCUAACCUACCAACCAAACUGUACAACGAUACCAGGGUGAAGGAAGGCGAAUUCUCCGUGCUACGUCUGCCAAACAGAAACACCUCCUCUGUAAGUUGUGUGACAUUAUUGAAUACUUACGCUGGAAAUGGCAUGGUCAUGGGUUCAAUCAUGCGCACCUAGCUUGUACCGUUAGAGAAGUGCAGUUUGGUAUCGUAUGAAAAGCUAAGGCGUAUACAUUUAAAUUUCGUGAAUCUGGCCUUAAUUAUUAUUCAGCGCCUUCCUUUCUCCCCCAACGUAGUGUACUUGGGAGUACAUUGGAAAUGCAUUUUACACACUGUAUUUCCAAACAGACAAAAUUAAUAAGGUGAAAGGAAAGAACGUGUCUGUUACCGUUUGUGAGCUCCCUACGGUAGCAUAAACAGAAGUGUCCUUUUGAAG